AUGUCAGGUAGAGCGGUAACAGCACUGGGGACGUUGAUGUCAGCGCCCAGUAAUCGGGUGAAGAUGGUGGAUAUGCACCCGAAGGAGCCGCUAUUCCUCUGUUCGCUGUACUCUGGCGUGAUCAACCUGUGGAAUCUUGAGACGCAGCUGAUGCUCAAGUCCUUUGACACAGGCACAGGGUUGCCAGUGCGAUGUGUGCGCUUCAUUCCUCGACUUCAGUCCUUUGUCUGUGGCACGGAUGACAUGAUGAUUCGCGUGUUCAACUACAACACAAUGGAGAAAACGAAGACUUUUCAGGCACACGAUGAUUACAUCCGCGGCAUUGCGGUGCAUGAGCAGCUGCCGAUUAUUUUGACCGCCUCUGAUGACAUGACGAUUCGACAGUGGGACUGGAGCAAAAACUGGGAGCAUGUAAACACCCACGAAGGCCACAUGCAUUACGUUAUGGGCGUCGUGUUCAACCCCAAGGACCCUUCCACCUUCGCCACAGCCUCACUAGACUUCACCGUAAAAGUCUGGAGCAUCAACAGCCCGGUGCCAAACUUUCAGCUUGAGGGGCACGUAGAUGGCGUGAACUGUGUUGACUAUUACCCUGGCGGUGAUAAACCCUACUUGCUUAGCGGUGCGGAUGAUCAAACUGUGCGUUUGUGGGACUAUCAAACAAAGGCCUGUUUACAGGUCUUUUCAUACCACACAGCAAACGUUACCGCAGUCCUGUUUCACCCCAGUCAGCCUGUACUCUUUACACUAGCGGAAGAUAUGGAAAUGAAGGUUAUCGCAACCGAGACCCACCGCCUUCUUUUCAGUGUUGAUCAUUCUCGAAUGAAUCGGGGCUGGUCUAUGGCAGCAAGGCGCUACACAAACGUUUUGGUGGUUGGAUACGACGACGGGACAGUGGUGUACAAGGUGGGCGAGGACAAACCCGUGUACUCGAUGGACUCCGCCGGAAAAAUUCUUGUGGCAGUCGGAAAUGAGGUGACACGUAUUGAUGCGAAAGGUAUUCCAAAUGACGUGGUUGAUGGGGAUGUGCUUUCUCUCCCAACAAAAGACAUGGGUGCUCUCGAGACCUCGCCCUCUGCAAUUGCGCAUGGCCCUAGUGGACAAUUCAUUGCUGUGAUUGGAGAGAAUGACUACACGAUUCUUUCAUCGCUCUCCAUGCGACCCAAAACGUACGGCAGGUGUCUCUCUUUUGUGUGGGGUACUGAGAAUGGUUCCUACGCCGUGUUGGAGACGUCCAUGACGUUGAAGAUUUACAAAAAUUUUAAGGAACGCGCUGCAAUCAGCCUCAAUGAAUCUGCAGAGAAGUUAUUCAGUGGUCCGCUUUUGGGGGUUUGCACGGCGUACAGCGUCACCUUUUACGACUGGGCAACAUUGAAUCUUAUUCGUCAGAUCGAUGAGUACCCCAAGAUGGUGCAGUGGAGCGACAGUGGGGAGCUGUUGGCUAUAGUCUCUGACACAUCCUUCUUUACGCUGCGAUUUAGCGGUGAGGCGGUAAUGGAGUUUCUUGAGACGCAGCAAGGCACCCCUGAGGAGGGGCUGGACUUUGCCUUUGAGGUUGUAGAGGAGGUGGAUGAGAGUGUGAAGGAGGUUUUAUGGGUUGGGGAUUGUCUCUUAUUUGUCAACCAAGCGCAUCGACUGAAUUACUACAUUGGCGGAGAGACCAACAGCAUUGCGGUGCUGUCACGAAACCAGUACCUCCUUGGAUACUUGCCAAGGGAAAACCGAAUUCUAUGCAUUGACAAGGAGAAGAACAUUACAAGCUAUCUGUUUCGCUUGAAUGUUAUUGAAUACAUGGCAGCGAUUGUCCGUGAAGACUUUGCGACCGCCGAGGAACUGUUCCCUUCCAUUGCGACGAGUGAACGACUGCGGCUAGCACAAUUUCUUCAGGCAAAGAAUCAUCUUGAGAUGGCGCUGGAAGUGACCACCGACGAUGACCAUCGCUUUGAUUUGGCGGCGCAGCUAGGAAGACUCUCUUUGGCAAGAGAGAUAGCAGAACGGUCUCCGUCUGUGGUCCGUUGGAAGCAGGUGGCGGACAUGGCCCUUGAGAAGGGUAUGUUGGAGCUAGCAGAGGGAGCUCUGCGCAACUGUGGCGACAGCAACGGUCUCCUCUUGCUCUAUUCCUGCAAGGGUGACAUGGACGCCAUAUCAAAGCUGGGAGACACGUGUAUUGCGAAUGGGAAGGCAAAUGUCGCGUUCACAUGCUUCCACCUAACCGGGCGUUACACGGAUAAUGUGGACCUGCUUUGUCGCACCGGGAAGGUUGCCGAGGCCGCCUUCUAUGCCCGCACCUAUUGCCACAACAAGGUGGAUGAGGUCGUGAUGAAGUGGAAGGUUGCAGUCGCCUCGCUGCCGCGCGUGCGUGAAGCCAUCGCUAGCCCAACAGCGUAUCCAAAUCUCUUCCCAAACAUGCGGAGCGUGCCAGCGUCACCACCGCAAGUUGUUGGGCGCGUGCCGCAGCGAAACACAAGCGACGAGCAGUUGGGUUAUGAACCCAGCGAGACCAUUCAGGAGGGAGGUGUCAGCGCUGAUUGCUUGGAAUCCCCGCAGGCGUCCAAGCCCCCCACGGUUUCACGCGGCAAUAAUUUAGGCUUGCCUGCUGACCUACCUUGUUUGACGUCUGCCGCAACUCUGAAUUCGCCCGGCAACAUGCCAGCCGCGCCACCUCCUUCGUUGGCGAGAGAAGCAGAGGGAGAUGCAACACCGGCUGCUCUGCCAUCUAUUGACGAGUACACCAACGACACCGAGGAAUGGGCUUAA